AUUUAGCCCUAAAAUGAAAUGAGAUAAUAGACGAGACAGAUUAAUGAUUUACAAAUAUAUAAAGAUUGAACAAGUGUAAUUCCCUGUAAUGCAAUGGAAGGAGUGGCAGAAGGGUUGUGGGAAUUGGCGGAUUUAUCGGAGAAAAGAGGAGAAAUAAGUAAAGCUGUGAAAUGUUUGGAAGCGAUAUGUCAGAGCAGCAGCGUCUCGUUCCUCCCGAUUGUCAUCGUCAAGACACGACUCCGCAUAGCUACUCUUCUUCUCAAGCACUCACACAACGUCAAUCACGCCAAGGCUCAUCUCGAGAGAUCUCAAUUGCUUUUGAAAUCAAUUCCCUCCUGCUUCGAUCUCAAGUUUCGAUGUUACAGCCUGUUGAGCCAGUGUUACCAUCUCGUGGGUGCUAUUCCUUCCCAGAAACAAAUCCUCACCAAGGCUUUAACCCUUUCCACAGCCUCUUCCGACUUUGCUGCCAAAUUAUGGUCUUGCAACUUUAAUUCCCAACUUGCAAAUGCCCUCAUUAUUCAAGGAGAUUACCAAGCUUCACUCUCGGCUUUGGAACAUGCCUAUGUGUCUGCGAGUGAAAUGCAUUAUCCCGAGCUACAGAUGUUUUUCGCUACUUCUAUAUUGCAUGUCCACCUCAUGCAAUGGGACGAUGUUAACUUGGUUGACCAAGCUGUUAAUCGAUGCAAUGUGGUUUGGGACUCUAUCGAACCCGAUAAAAGACUACAUUGCCAUGGUUUACUCUUCUACAACGAGCUGCUCCACAUAUUUUAUUUGCUCCGGAUAUGCGACUACAAGAAUGCUACUCAACAUGUUGAUAAAUUAGAUGCUGCCAUGAAGGCAGAUUUACAAAAAAUGAAACAAAUACAGGCACUUAAAAGAGAGCUUGAUGUUAUCAAUCAAGACCUCUCUUGCUCUGAUCCAGGUAUACCCUACAGAGAUAGAUUAGCCCUUAACGCGAAGCAAGCUCAGGUUGAAGAACAACUAAGUAAUCUUACUGGACAUAGUUUGACUGGCAAAGAUGCUUUAGAGCCAGCUUAUUUUGGAAAUGUGAGACGGGAAUGGGGAGAUAAGCUUGAGUUGGCGCAACCACCUAUCGAGGGAGAGUGGCUACCUAAGAGUGCGGUCUAUGCACUAGUGGAUCUAAUGGUUGUCGUUUUUAGUCGUCCAAAGGGACUUUUUAAGGAGUGUGUAAAGCGGAUACAAUCUGGAGUACAGAAUAUCGAAGGAGAGCUAGCGAGACUUGGAGUCAAUGAUUCUAUGAGAGAAGUGGAUAUACAACAUUCUGCCAUAUGGAUGGCUGGGGUAUAUUUGAUGCUUCUUAUGCAAUUUCUAGAAAACAAAGUUGCAGUGGAGCUAACACGCUCUGAGUUUGUUGAGGCCCAAAAGGCUUUGCUGCAGAUGAAAAGUUGGUAUGUUCGCUUUCCAACAAUCUUACAAGCUUGUGGGAGCAUCAUUGAGAUGCUCAGAGGGCAGUACUCUCAUUCUGUUGGCUGUUAUAGUGAAGCUGCUUUCCAUUUCAUCGAGGCAUCAAAGUUAACAGAGAGCAAAUCACUGCAAGCCAUGUGCCAUGUUUAUGCAGCAGUUGCUUAUAUUUGCAUAGGUGAUGCUGAAUCUUCUUCCCAGGCACUUGAUUUGAUUGGACCAGUUUACAGCAUGGUUGAUUCUUUUGUUGGAGUCAGGGAAAAAACUGCUGUUCUUUUUGCUUAUGGGUUCUUGUUGAUGAAACAGCAGAAUCUGCAAGAGGCAAGACUUCGGCUAGCCAAUGGCUUGCAGACGACCCACGUCACUCUAGGAAAUCUUCAACUUGUUGCACAGUAUUUAACAGUCCUUGGUAACUUGGCACUUUCUCUUCAUGAUACUGGACAAGCAAGGGAGAUUUUGAGGUCCUCCCUUACAUUGGCAAAGAAGCUCUAUGAUAUACCUACUCAGAUCUGGGUUCUAUCAAACAUGACAGCUUUGUACCAGCAAUUAGAUGAAAAAGGUAAUGAAAUAGAAAAUUCUGAAUAUCAAAGGAAGAAAGAAAUUGAUUUGGAGAAAAGAAUUGCUGAUGCGCAUGGAUCCAUUCAUCAUACUGAACUGGUUGAGAGAGUAAAGGUUGAAGUUUACAAACUGAAUGAUUUUGACAUGAAGCCAGGGACUGCAGAAGCUUUCAUGGGUGUAAAUAAUCUUGAUAUUCCCGAGUCUGUGGGUCUGUCACCGUCAACUAGGCGGUCAUCUGCACGAUUGAUGGAUAUAGACAUUGGAACCAGGGGGAAAAGAAAAGUGUAGUUCCUACUAGCAAAAGUAAUGAUAAUUAAGCAUUAUAUGGAAGCAACCUGUUUUACAUAUCUUAGUUUCUUGCAGAGUGUCCCUCAUAUGUUGAGGUUGGUUUCUAUAUUUAUGCGUACACGUCACUGGGAGUAUUCUGCUUACGAUUAUGUGAAUGAUAAUUUUUUAAUUUUGGGUCAACCUGAGUGCAAGUGCUCUUUGUCAGUGACAAAUAGAAAUAAAAAGUGGAUAUUAAUGAA